AUGAUGCAUUAACUAUAGAAAUGUAUAAAUUUGACCAAAUGUUCCAAUUAAUUAUUUUUAGAAAGGCAUAUCAUAAUAUUUUUACUAAGAUGUUAAUUUAUAUAGAAAGUAAUCAAUAUUUAAUUGAUUUAAUUUGAUAAAAUAUAAGAUAAAGCAAAAAUCAAAUUUGUAACUAUUCAUUUUAAGAGAAAGAACAAUGUUAUCAGCAGAAGAUUUACUUUCAUCUGA